AUGUACAAUACAAUACCCUGGUUGAUGAAGUGGCUGCCUGGAUCACACCAGACGAUAUUUAUCUUGACAAAGAAAAUAGUUGAAUUUGUAGAAAUUAGGAUCAAAGAGCACCAGGAAAACUUUGACCCUUCAUCACCAAGAGACUACAUUGACUCCUUUCUCAUAGAAAUGGGAGAGAAGGAAGAUAAAGAUUCUGGGUUUUAUCUCGAAAAUUUGAUGGCUUGCACAAUGGACCUGUUUGGCGCUGGAACUGAAACCACAACUACUACUUUACAUUGGGGACUUUUAUAUAUGAUCCACUACCCUGAUAUACAAGAGAAAGUCCAAGCUGAGAUAGAUGCUGUGGUUGGUUCAUCCAGGCAGCCGUCUACAAGUGACAGAGAAAACCUGCCGUUCACUGAUGCAGUUAUUCAUGAAAUCCAGAGAAGUGGAAAUAUUGCCCCACUUAACAUACUUCGCGUGGCAAACAAGAACACAACUCUGGAUAAGUACUCAAUCCCAAAGGGCACCAAGAUCUUGGCUCCAUUGCACUCUGUUCUACAUGAUGAGUCUAUGUGGGAAACUCCACAUUCCUUCAACCCUCAACACUUUCUGGACCAGGAUGGAAAAUUUAGGAAGAGGGAGGCCUUCAUUCCCUUUUCUGCAGGUAAGCGUGUGUGUCUUGGGGAGCAGCUGGCCAGGAUGGAGUUAUUCCUGUUUUUCACCUCCCUGCUGCAGAAGUUUUCAGUUACUGCACCUGCUGGAGAGAAACCCAGUCUGGACUUCAUUUUGGGAGCCACACGCAGUCCCAAACCUUAUCGUCUGUGUGCUGUGCCACGUUAGAGCACGAGUUAUCCUCAGCUGAGCAUGUCUGUUUCUCUGCGCUCUCAAUGACUGUCUUCUGCUAUUGUUUUUGAUGUUCAAGAACGUUAUCUCUCUCUCUCUCUCUCUUUAGUGUAAGUGUAAGUGUAAUAAAAGCAGAAAACCAACUUUAUUAAAGCAACUGACAAAUUCUGAUUUGAUUUGCAAGUGUCUUUACCUUUUAUGACUUGAGAUAACUUAUUGUAAAUUGAUGCUGUAAUAAAACUGAAUUAAUACUGACAUGACUUUAA